AUGACGCGCGAUGUUGGCAUGGGCUAUGCCUGCUGCUUGAUUGCCAGUGUCGCCUAUGCUGUGAAUUUACUGCCUGUGAAGAAGUACGAGACGGGAGAUGGAAUCUUUUUCACCUUUGCCAUGUCUCUGGGGAUCUUGAUGGUUGGCCUGGCAAUGGGCUUAAAUCAGCACGAUCCUUUUGGCUUCGAACCCCUUGCCGCACUGGGCGGAGUCAUCUUCACGAUGGGAAACCUCCUGUGCCCGUUGGUGAUCCAGCUCAUAGGCCUGGGCCUAGGUUUGACGAUCUGGGACCUCAGCAACAUGCUCAUGGGCUGGUUCACGGGGCGCUUCGGCCUUUUCGGGGUGGACCAGGAGAUCUCGGAGAGGCCCCUCUUCAACUACAUCGGUUUAGCGCUGGCCUGCGUCUCCUUGGUCUUCAUGUACCUGGCCGCGCACUUCGACACGAAGCCCAAGGAGGUUGAGUCGCAAAACUUGGAGGGUGCGGAGGACUUGGAGCGCACGACCUCGGUUGCGGACCUGAAGGACGAGAGGCAAAGCCCCAUGAGAAUGGUCAUGGGUACAUCCUUGGCCAUGCUCGCGGGCGUUCUCUUUGGCGCGACCUUUGACCUGCCUCAGGAUCUGCUGCAGGGGCAGUUUGGAGAGAACCACAGCAGCUAUGCUUUGGACUAUGUCUUCAGCCACUUUCUGGGGAUCUUUGUCUCGGCAGCUGCGUCCUUGCUCGUUUACAUCAUCGUGCGGCGGAGAAGAAGCUAUGCCCCCUUGAACCUCGUGUUGCCGGCCAUGUGCUCGGGCGUCAUUUGGGCCCUUGGCACGGUUGCUUGGUUCCAGGCCAACGCUGAGGUGGGCUUCUCAGUGACGUAUCCCUUCAAUAACAGCGUGCCCAGCAUCCUGGCUCUCUUGAUCGGCUUCUGCUGUUUCGGUGAGCUUGCGACCUCAAAGAGCCGCUGCUUCGCGCUGAUUGGGGUCAUGAUUCGCCUGCCGGGCGUGGCCCUCAUCGCUCUCUCCCGACUCUAA